CUCAGAUUGCGUUUGACGUGCUAAAGGCGUACGUCAACAGAGAUCUUCAGCGGUGACAUUCACUCUGGAUUCCGCACUCUGGGACGCAGUCCGCCAUGAUGCUGCAUGCUUCCGCUCCCGCGCGCCCUGCACUGCGUCGCGCCUUCUCCUCUGCUGCUGGCUACGUGCAGGACACGAUCAUCCCGACUUACCACUUCCAGAAGAGCCUUACGCGCUUGCCGAUCCCCAAGCUCGAGGACACGCUAACGCGUUAUUUGGCCUCAGUGGAGCCCGUGGUGACGUCUGAUCAGCUCGCAGAGACGCGACGCGCCGUCAUGGACUUCCAGAGUGGAGUGGGUCCCGAGUUGCAUCGCGCGCUGGUGGCCCGUGACGCGGCCAACACGCAUACGUCGUACAUUAACCAAUGGUGGCUCGAAAUGUACUUGGACGACCGCCAACCGCUGCCCAUCAACUACAACCCGCAGAUUAAGCUCAAGAUGGACCCUGUGCCAGCUAAGAACUCACAGAGUCAACGUGCGGUGUCGCUGAUUGCGUCAACCGUGCGGGUGCACCGUACGCUGCGUGAUAAGAAGCUGGAGCCCGACAUUUUCCACACUAAACCGGAUACCACCAAGACCAAUGCCUUCCAGUACUUCUGUAAGCUACUGCCGGAGAGUGUGAGCUUCUAUGGAGCUGCCGCAUUGGGCGCUUAUCCACUGGAUAUGUCGCAAUACAAGAACUUGUUCUCCAGCACGAGACUGCCGAGGCUUGGACGCGAUGAGCUCAAGGUGAGUCCAGGCUCCAAGCAUGUGGUCGUGCAGAGAGGAACCAAGUUCUAUACGUUCGACGUGCUCACUGCGGAUGGCUCAGCUGUGCCAGAUGAGCAGAUUCUGGCCAAUGUGGAGGCCAUAUUGGCAGAACCGUUGACUAAAAGCACACCGGACGAGCCGGGAAUGGGACUCAUGACGACAAUGAACCGUGAUUCGUGGGCUAACGCUCGUGAGAAACUGGAGGCCAGUGGGGUUAAUAAGGCGAAUCUGGAACAGAUUGACAGUGCAUUGUUCGUCGUGAGUCUGGAGCACGAGUCUCCUGCCACGCCUGAAGAGGUGAGCAGCACGUUCCUGAUGGGCGAUGGCACCAACCACUGGUUCGACAAGAGUUUCCAGCUGAUUAUUGCUGCUAAUGGCACUGCUUCAGUAAACUUCGAGCACGCUUGGGGUGACGGUGUGGCGGUGCUGCGCUACCUCAAUGAGUUGUACGGUGACAGCGUCAAGUAUCCGGUCCUUAAGGCUAGUAGUCAAGCCAAACCGAAGGAGCUUACGUGGGAUAUCAAUGGAGAGACGAAGCAGUUGUUGAAUGAGGCCAAGAAGACGUACGACAAGUGGACGUCCACGCUACUGGUUGCAUGUGCGGAGACCCCAGUGACGCGUGCUGUUGGUAAGCAGUAUGAUAUUGGAACGGACGGGCUCAUGCAAAUGACCAUCCAGCUGGCGCACUUCAAACUGCACCAGAAGUUCGUGGCCACGUACGAGAGCGCCAGCACCGCGGCAUUCAAGCAUGGACGCACAGAGACUGUGCGCAGUUGCACCAACGAGGCUGUGAAUUUUGUGCAAACUAUGACGAACUCGUCAGCAUCUGACAACGAGAAGGUCGCUGCGUUGCGUGCGGCUGUCAAAAAGCACAGCGAACUGACCAAGAACGGCGUGAUGGGCCAGGGCUUUGAUCGUCACCUCUUUGCGCUGCGAGCCAUGGCUGAGCUACAGGGGAUGGACGUGCCAGUAUUCUACACCUUGCCAGCUCAUCAGAUUAUGAGCAAGAUCAUUCUGUCUACCAGUACUCUGUCCAGUCCGGCGCUUGAAGGUGGCAGCUUCGGUCCUGUGAACGAAGAUUGCUACGGUAUCGGCUACGGUAUUGAGAAAGAAGGCUCUGCUUUCCAGCUCUCGUCCUACCGCAAGGACCUGCCUCAGCUCAAGGAACUGUUGGUGGAAAGCCUCAUCGACCUGGAGCGCUUGCUGGCCGACACAACUCCCAAAAAGUAAGUGAACAAAUCUCUCUGAAGAGAUUCAGCGUAAGUAAUUGCCGAGAGUGUUAGUGAAUUGGCUUGAAGAUACACAACCUGCUUGCUCAAUAGGCCUUCGUUUUAUCACCGUCGUCUUGGUUGCUUUGGACUACGAGGUCGGCCAGAGCUGGAAGCGCUCGUGGGGCGCUCUCCACCUCCUGGUCGCUUGGCUCCAGUCGUUGCAGCGUUGGGGCCACCAGGUCCCCCCGUGCGACCAGAACUUCGGUCUCUCCAAGCCUGUGCAUUUCCUCCCCCAGCUUGCCCUCUGUUCCUGUUAUCUCGUGCAUUGUUGUCGCCUGCAUUGUUGCGAUCACUUCGCCGUUGAGGUUGCUGUUGUGCGUCUCGUGAGUUAUGAUGGCUACGACUGCGUGACGCUCCAUCACGACCACGAUGGUCGUUGUGAUGCUGCGAUGAGCGAUUGGCGGAAUUGUCGCGGUGAGGACUGCCUCCUUCAACCUUUGCGUCGACUCCAGCAGCGCCGUCCUUCUUGUUUUUCCACGG